CGGCCGGUCCCUGGGCCGUCACUCCCUGCCCUGCAAUGUCGCGCCGGAAACUGGCCUCUGGCGACGCCUCAGCCGCCGGCCCAGCCUCUCCAAGGCAACCGGUUUUGAGCAAAUUCUUCCGGUCUACGGGAAGUCUGAAAUCCACGUCUUCCCCUACGGGUGCAGCCGAGAAGGCGGACCCUGACUCUGACUCCGCAGCGCCCCUAGCGUCCACUUUCCCGCCUCAGUUGUCUCCACAGGUGGUUGCAGAAGUGGACAGAAGUAAAAAGAGACCACUGGAGAGUGAUGGGCCUGUUAAAAAGAAAGCAAAGAAAGUCCACGAAAAGGAAGGAGGAAGUGAUUCAUUAAUGUCUGAGAACCCUGAGCCAAAGAAACAUCUGAAGACCAGGAUUGUUUCACACUCUCUGGAAAAAUUGAAAGAAUACUACUACCGUAAUUCUGCCCUUCAUCAAAAUCGAGUUCAGACCAAGCCUCUUAAGGAGAGAUGUGCAGUGCUGCCAAAAUGCACUGAUUUUGAGGAUAUCGAUCGUCUGCGUGCAAGGAAUGCAGUUUCUUCUGAAGAGUCCAAAUCUCAGAUUAGUCAAAAGGACAAGACACUCAGUCAUUUUGGAUCAUCACAUAGGAGUUAUGAAAACUUACAGAAAACUUCUGACUCUAAACCAUCUAAUAAACGGACCAAAAGCAUCUACACACCAUUGGAAUUACAAUACUUAGAAAUAAAGCAGCAGCAGAAAGAUGCAGUUUUGUGUGUGGAAUGUGGAUAUAAGUAUAGAUUCUUUGGGGAAGAUGCAGAGAUUGCAGCCCGGGAGCUCAAUAUCUACUGCCAUUUAGAUCACAACUUCAUGACAGCAAGCAUACCUACUCACCGACUGUUUGUUCACGUGCGCCGCCUUGUGGCAAAGGGAUAUAAGGUGGGAGUUGUGAAACAGACUGAAACAGCUGCAUUAAAGGCCAUUGGGGACAACAAAAGUUCUGUCUUCUCCCGGAAACUGACUGCUCUUUAUACGAAAUCUACACUUAUUGGAGAAGAUGUGAAUCCUUUAGUCAAGCUGGAUGAUGCUGUAAAUGUCGAUGAGAUAAUGACUGAUAGUUCUACCAGCUAUCUUCUAUGUAUCUGUGAAAAUAAGGAAAAUGCUAAGGACAAAAAAAAGGGGACCAUUUUCAUUGGAAUUGUGGGAGUGCAGCCUGCCACAGGUGAGGUUGUGUUGGAUAGUUUCCAGGACUCUGCUUCCCGUUCAGAGCUGGAAACUCGGAUACUGAGCCUGCAGCCAGUGGAGCUGCUGCUUCCCUCAGACUUGUCGGAGCAAACGGAGACGCUCAUCCGCAGAGCCACGGCUGUUAGUGUGCGGGAUGACAGAAUUCGAGUAGAAAGGAUGGCUAACAUGUAUUUUGAAUACAGCCAUGCUUUCCAGGAGGUUACAGACUUUUAUGCACAAGAUGGAGAUGACGUUAAUGAUUCUCAAAAUUUGUCUGUCAUCAUUAAGUUGGAGAAACCUGUGAUUUGCUCUUUGGCUGCCAUAAUAAGAUAUCUCAAAGAAUUUAACUUGGAAAAGGUGCUUUCCAAACCCAAGAAUUUUAAACAGUUGUCAGGAGAAGUGGAAUUUAUGACACUUAAUGGAACAACAUUAAGGAACCUGGAAAUCCUUCAGAAUCAGACUGACAUGGAAACCAGAGGAAGUUUAUUUUGGGUUUUAGACCAUACUAGAACUUCAUUUGGGAGACGGAAGUUAAGGAAGUGGGUGACCCAACCACUCCUUAAAUUAAGGGAAAUAAAUGCUCGACUUGAUGCUGUAUCUGAAGUUCUCCAUUCAGAAUCCAGUGUGCUUGGUCACAUAGAAAAUUAUCUACGUAAAUUGCCCGACUUAGAGCGAGGCCUCUGUAGCAUUUAUCACAAAAGAUGUUCUACCCAAGAGUUCUUCCUGAUUGUCAAAACUCUGUAUUAUCUGAAGUCAGAAUUUCAAACAUUGGUACCUGCUGUUAAUUCCUUUGUUCAGUCAGAGUUGCUCCAAUCAGUUAUUUUAGAAAUUCCCGAACUCCUCAGUCCAGUGGACCGUUACUUAAAGAUACUUAACGAACAAGCUGCCAAGUCUGGGGAUAAAACUGAAUUAUUCAGUGAUCUUUCUGAUUUCCCUUUAAUAAAAAAGAGAAAGGAUGAAAUUCAAGAAGUUACUUAUAAGAUCCAAAUACAUUUGCAAGAAAUACGAAAAAUACUCAAAAACCCUUCUGCACAAUAUGUGACAGUCUCAGGACAGGAGUUCAUGAUUGAAAUAAAGAAUUUUGCUGUAUCUUGUAUACCAACUGAUUGGGUUAAGGUUGGAAGCACAAAAGCUGUGAGCCGCUUUCAUUCUCCUUUUAUUGUAGAAAAUUACAGACAUCUGAAUCAACUUCGGGAGCAGCUAGUCCUUGACUGCAAUGCUGAAUGGCUUGAUUUUCUAGAGAAUUUCAAUAAACAUUAUCAGUGCUUGUGUAAAGCAGUACAUCACCUAGCAACUAUUGACUGCAUUUUCUCCCUGGCCAAGGUCACCAAGCAAGGAGAUUACUGCAGACCGACUCUACAAGAGGAAAGAAAAAUCAUAAUAAAAAAUGGCAGACACCCUGUGAUUGACAUAUUGCUGGGAGAACAGGACCAGUAUGUUCCCAAUAGUACAAAUUUGUCAGGGAACUCAGAGAGAGUAAUGAUAAUUACUGGACCCAACAUGGGUGGAAAGAGCUUAUACAUAAAACAAGUUGCAUUGAUUAUUAUCAUGGCUCAGAUUGGCUCCUAUGUUCCUGCAGAGGAAGCAACAAUUGGAAUUGUGGAUGGCGUUUUCACGAGGAUGGGGGCUGCAGAUAACAUAUGCAAAGGACGGAGUACAUUUAUGGAAGAACUGACUGACACAGCAGAAAUAAUAAGAAAAGCAACAUCCCAGUCUUUGGUUAUCUUGGAUGAACUGGGAAGAGGGACGAGCACCUACGAUGGAAUUGCCAUAGCUUAUGCUACACUUGAGCAUUUUAUUAGAGAGGUAAAAUCCUUUACCCUGUUUGUUACGCAUUAUCCACCAGUUUGUGAGUUAGAAAAAAGUUACUCACAACAUGUGGGGAAUUAUCACAUGGGAUUCUUGGUCAUUGAGGAUGAAAGCAAACAGGAUCCAGGUAUGAGAUGUUCUUGCAGUGAAGAAGACCCAGUUGUUGAUUUUGUCACUUUUCUUUAUCAAAUAACCAGAGGAGUUGCAGCCAGGAGUUAUGGACUAAAUGUGGCUAAACUUGCAGAUAUUCCUGGAGAAAUUUUGAAGAAAGCAGCUGUCAAGUCAAAAGAGCUGGAAACAUUAGUAAAUAUGAAAAGGAAACGGCUUAAGUGUUUUGAGAAGUUAUGGACAAUAAAUGAUGCAAAGGACUUGCAAAAGUGGACAGAGGAGUUGGAAAUGGAAGAAGUUACUUCUCUUCCUGAUUAAAACUAAGAUUACAUUCUUUAACGAAAAAGAGAAAAUUGAACUACCAACUGUACAAAAUAACUCUCCAGUUACAGCCCAUCUUUGUGUGACGUGAGCAGAAAACAUGACCGUGGUAUAUUCCUAUUAGAAACAGAGAGGCUUUUUGUGUAGAAAGUCUGUUUCAAGUUCCUGCCAUCCUGACUUUUAAGAGUAUAAACACUUGAAUAUUAAGAUUUCUAUCAUGUCAUUAGAGAAUUUCAGGGACAGUAAGACUCACAUAAAAUCAAAACCUUCUAAGUAAAACCUAAAGUGGUAAAAUAUACAGUUCAUAAAAUUUAAGAAUGAUAUACUGUUUCUUAACAUUUUUUAUUGAGUUAUAGUUAUUUAAUAAUGUGUGUCAAAUUCCAGUGUAGAGCACAAUUUUUCAGUUACACAUAAACAUACAUACAUUCGUUGUCACAUUUUUUUCACUGUGAGCUACCACAAGAUCUUGUAUAUAUUUCCCUGUGCUAUACAGUAUAAUCUUGCUUAUCUUAGAAUGACAUAAAAAUUUAAUUUAUAAUUUUAUUUGUUUUGGUUCAGAUCAUUUGCAACUGGCUGAAGUGUCUGGCAGGAAUAUACCUUUACACUGGAGCAAAAAUAAUUUUAUAAUGCCACCAGUUUAUUCACUAUGAGCAUAAGAAUUUUUUUUUUGUAUUGAGUUAUAGUCAGCAUAAGAAUUCUUGAAGAGAAAUAGAAAGCUGUUAGAAGCUAGAGCACAGAAAGAGUAAGGUCAUAUGAAAUUUGAAAAAUUAACUGUCACAGUUUAAGCAAUUUAAAGAUUAUUGGAUGAAAUUGUCAUUCAUUCCAGUAAUAAACAUUUAAUGAAUAGUUGCUAUAAUUU